AUCUGUAAACAUAAAUAUGUGAUGAAAAAUCAUUAUUGAUACCCUGAAUUUAUAUUGAUUAGAUAUGGAUUAAAACCUUCAACCACAAUAUAAACAAAAUAUAAUUCCGAUUAAAAUUGAUAUAUGCCCCAACACAAAGAUCUUGACAUCGACGUAAGUGUACUAUAUAUAAAUGAAUGUUAAAAGAUAAAUUAAACCGCGUAACCAUAGAUAUGUUGGCAUGGAUUCCUCAGCGAUCAGAAAUGUUUAGGAUGGUAUUAAUAAAAUAUCAGGAAUUAUACACGUGUGUUGACCAAGAACAUUCCAGACUAUGAGACCAUAAUGUGGUAAAUAGUUUAUUCAUCAUUCGCUACUGAAGUUCCAUUGUUAGUAUUUUUAUAAUCAAAGACAGAUCCAAUAUGAUGGCGCCUGUCUUUAAAUCAAUUCAUUUUCUUGGUGUGUGUACCUAUUGUCAAUUCUAUUAUACCUGUCUCCUAAAACAAUUGUACCUAUCUCCAAAAUAAUUUAAGAUGGCUAUAACUGAAAGACACCUAUCUCCAAUUAAUUAAUUAAUUUGAAAAUAGUUAUGUAGUGAUUUGAAGAUAGGUAAAUUUGAAUAUAUGUAAUCUGGCGUUCCAUAUACAGUGUAUUUCAUAGAAAGGGGUUACAAUUCAUAACCAAGAACCUUUGUGAUCUUGCAUGUAUCGCGUCUAUAGAUAAAUAAAAAUGUAGGUUGUAGCCAGUCCAUAUUCUAGAUCAGGGGUGGGUCCAGAAUAUUAUCUUUUCCACCCAAAGACUGGGUGAAAAACCCAAAAUGGACAAAAAAGACCAUUUUGUUAAGAAUGUUCGAUCAAAGGAUUGCCACCUCCGCAAUAGCCCUCUACACCCGUCACUUCAUGUAUUGUAAAAGUAGAUCAGUUAUACAUCAUGAUCAUGUGCUAUCGUACUCCUAUAAAAAAAAUCAAUGGCGCAUUUACGGAAUCUGUAAUGUUAUCUAGUAAUUUAUAAAUUAGAAUCAUGUGAUAUUGUUUACUCUAAAACAGGUCAUCUGUCGGUUAGCAACCCCUUACACUUUAUACGCACUCAUUCUGAAACUAUGCAAGUGAACAAAGUCUCAUAGUAAUUAAGCCACGUGGUUUUGUUUACAUCCCUCUUUCACGUGCUCUGCUGUUUUCGUAUGAAGAGAAAAUUCUAAGGUAACCGUUAUAAGCAGCCAUGCUCGAUAGGCGUGAUACAACUGUGAUUACGGAUUAUUCUGUUCCACAAGAAGGUCUUCACAUGCUACAAAACGUGCAUUGGUUGUAAUACUGGCUUGGUUUACUAAUCUAAAUAGUUCAAAUCCUGGGUCUGUUUAACCUUUAAAUAGUUCCAGCAUUCAGACACACUUAUAGAUAUGAUGGGGGAUAUUAAUGAGAAAAAUAUAAUUUAUCAUUUUUAUCAUUUUACUUUGCUGUGGACGCGAAGUGAAAUUUAAUUUGACGCGGGACCAAAGAUGUUUGAGUUAGUUGUGCAAAUCUUCAGCAUAGAGUACUCUCUGUAGUACGAUAAUUCCUCACCAGAUAUAGUGGACCCCUGCAUUUGGUAAAAAAUAUUAUAAAUUUCUAUAUAGAUUUACUGAAUAUGCUUGUAUACAUUUUAAUAUUUUACUAUUUCUUAACUAGUACAUAUGUACUUGUAGAUCGCAGCAACAACAAAAUCCUAAGUAUUUUUACGACAUCGCUUUCCAGUUGCUUCUCGAAACUACACUAUAUUACGCACCCUUUUUCACGUGGCAAAUGUAAACAAUAAUAUUUUUGACAUGCCGUCUCUGACCGGCGAUUGAUAGUCUGACCCAGUUGUAAACACUUAGCGUAUGAAUGACCGGAUUGCCCACCAAUGAGAAUGAGUUGCGUUUAAGUAAGCCGAUACAAAAUUUCUGUAUAAAAGGCCAACUACGCGCAAUGUUGUAAACAUAUUUUCAGGAUUUUGCAAACAAAUAUUAGCUGAAGUAAGAUGAUUUCUAGGAUCCGCCACGAGUCUGGAUAUUCCACAGAUGAUUCUGAAAGUGGGAGUGAUUUCAGUCUGACUGAUUGCUUGGAAGACGAACUCAAAAGCACUCAGCCAGACUUUGGAAUACUGUUUGAUGUAGACGGUGUGUUAGCACGCGGUUCAAACCCUCUGGACCCUGCCGUGAAAGCCUUAAAACUUCUGCAGGAUGAAGAAGGCAACCUUAAGGUGCCCGUGGCAUUCGUCACCAAUGCUUGCAACAGGAGUGAAGACAAAGCCAAACAGAUCGGCAAAUGGUUCAACAUGCAGGUUUCACCGGAUGCAGUUAUUCAUGCCCCAACUCCCGCCAGACUUCUGACGGAGUUCCACAAUAAGCACGUGCUGGUUAUCGGACAAGAACAUCGCAGAGACAUCGCAUUAGAUAUUGGUUUUAAAAACGUGUGCACGCUUGAAGAUAUACAGAGAGCUUACCCUUUCCUGGAUAUGGUGGACCACGACAACAGAAAACGUGUGGCAAGUGGGACAUACAAAGACGAUUCGUCUUUCCCAAGAGUGGAGGCCAUCUUAAUGAUUGGAGAGCCCAAACUGUGGGAAUCCAAUCUCCAGCUGCUGAUUGACCUCUUGCUGACGGAGGGAAAACCUACCAGGGCACCAUCUUCCAUCAUGACCGUCAAACAGCUUCCAAUCAUCGCCUGCAAUAUGGAUCUGGUUUUUAUGGACCGUGCAUGUAUGCCGAGGUUUGGUCACGGGUCAUUCCUUCUUUGCCUGGAAAGUUUGUAUAAGAAAAUUACGGGUCGUGAGUUGGAAUACACUGCGCUAAUAGGGAAACCGUGUGAAAUCACCUACAGAUAUGCGGAACACUGCCUCGCUGAUGUCGCUAAGAAGAUAGGGAUUCAAAAUCCUAUAAGGAAACUGUACUUUAUUGGUGAUAACCCUUCCGUGGAUAUUGUGGGGGCGAAUUUGUAUCACCGUUUUUUACGGAGACAGUCGGAAAGUAUCGACAAUGAGGAAAAUUACUAUCUCCCUCGCUGCAGGUCCAUUCCAAACAAUAGUGCUCUCUACCAACAGACGGUACAAGCCAUGGAAAGUCUGCUGGUGGGUACCGGGGUUUAUAAGCCGGAAGAGGAGGAUUCAUCUGAUGAUGAUGUAGACAUCUAUCAUGGACACCGUGACAUUGAAAAUGAGCCAGAACUUGCUAAACCCUCCAAAUUUGUUAAAGACGUUUACCAUGGAAUUCAAUAUAUACUGGAAAAAGAAAAUUUCUCUAUGAAAACUUAAGCAGUGCAAAGGGAGACCGUGAUCUGAAUGGAUGUCUGUGCAAAGGCGUGAAAGUGGAAGUAGGGCAGAUGUAUAUUUUCGCCCUUAAUUUAUUUACAUUGUAUUGUUUUCUACUUUUCUAUUCAUGGAGACAAACGUGUCUUUAAAUUAUUUAAAUGUAUCUAGAUAUUUAUUUUUCACGUAUUGUUAUGCUAUUGAGAACCAUGUUCAGUUUUUGUGUAUAGGGUAAAACGUGUACGAUAUAAAUCAAGCGGGUAGAUUGUAGCAUGUAAAUACUGCUCAUUUAUAUUUCAUAAUAUUUUACUUCAGAGUAUCUUCGAUUAACUGUUAUACAUUGAAAAUGUUUUGCAUUUGUUUUAAAGUGGACUUCCAGAACCAAUGCAACCAAUGCAUUUGUAUUUUUCAUUGCUAUAUUCGUAUAACUCUCAUUUUACUCAGUACAGGAACAUACAAAAUGUGUUGAUCUCAAUCUAUGGCCUGUAUCAUUGUGUAGUUCAUUUAUGUGUGAUUGUUCAUGUAUUGAAAAUAAAUGAAAUGUAGACAUA